AUGCCAAAGCGCUCGCGAUCACCCGACGACGACGGCGAGGACGUCUCCGCCGGCGAGGCUCCCACCACCAUCAACCCAUACGAAGUCCUCUCCGUCGACACCACCGCCACCGACGAUGAGAUCAGAAAGGCCUACCGAAGAGCCGCUCUCAAGCACCACCCCGACAAAGCCGCUCCCGAAGACAAAGAUACCGCGCACACUAAAUUCCAAGAAAUCGCAUUCGCGUUCGCCAUUCUAUCCGAUGCUCGGCGGCGGAAGCGCUACGACACCACAGGCAGCACGGAGGAGAGUCUCGAUCUUGAAGAUGACGAUUUCAACUGGGCAGACUUUUUCCGCGAGCAGUACAGCAAUUUGGUGACGACAGAGAGGAUCAACGACUUUGCGACGCAGUACAAGGGGAGUGAGGAGGAGAGGAAAGAUGUGCUCAAGGCGUAUGAGAAGUGCAAAGGCAACAUGCCGAAGCUGUACAACGAGGUCAUGUUGAGUGAUGUGCUGGAGGAUGAAGACCGAUUCAGACUGAUCAUCGACAACGCAAUUGAGGACGGUGAAGUCGAGGCACAUGCGAAGUACACAGAAGAGAGCGAGAAGAGUCGCAAGGGGAGAAUCGCACAUGCGCAAAAGGGCCGAGAUAAGGAGCGAGGCGAAGUCGCGGAGGUGGAAAAGGCGAUCAAGGAGAAACAGACAAAGCGGAAUGUUGGGAAGAAGGCCAAGGGUGGAGAUGAGGGCGGGAUGGGAGACCUUGCGGCGAUGAUCCAGCAGAGGCAGACUGGCAGGGCGGGAAACUUCUUCGAUCAUCUCGAGGAGAAGUAUGCGGGCAAGGGUGGAAAGGGAAAGAAGGGUACCAAGAUGGAGGAGCCGCCGGAGGAAGCAUUUAAGAGGAAUGCGAAGAAGACUGAGACUGUGGAGGGUGCGAGUAAGCACAAGCGGGCGAGGAAGUGA